AUGAUGACCUCUACCUCGCCCUAUCCCCAUUCCCAGCUCACCCAGGGACUUGCGCCUGCUAGCCCAUGCUCUAUUGCCUGCUCAUGGGCUCCUCUCCCAUCAAGAAGCGAAACUAAAGACAACACAUCAUGUUCCAUCUCUAGCAGAGUUGUGGAAUAUUCGGUACCGACAUCACAGAUUGCACUGGUAUUACAAGGGUUACGCCAGCCAUAUACCCUAACCCCGGCCCAUCCAGUUCCCUUGGUAUCGCACCCCGAUGAGCUCAUGAUCAAAAUCCAUGCGAUCGGGCUUAAUCCAAUUGACUGGAAAUCAGUUGACUAUGGCUUCGGUAUCCCCUGUCUCCCCUACAUUGCUGGUCGGGAUUUUGCUGGUGUGGUUGUCAAAGCAUCCCAUGGGUCUGCAUAUGCAGAAGGCGACAUGGUCCUUUGUGCCUCCACAGACUACCGCGAUCAACGAAAAGCAGCAUACCAAGAGUAUGCUGUCGCCCAAGAACACACUGUUUGCAAAUUGCCGUCCCAUGUCCCUGUCACACACGGUGCCGCCCUGGGGGUUGCCUAUGUGGCAGCCGCCUUAGCGCUGGGAGUAUGCCUGAGCGUCCGGUUCCCGGCCCUGACAGGCAACGAUCUGUGCGAUAUUAUGCGGUCAUUACCGCCCGACUCUUUCCCUGCCGAUGUUCGAUCCGAGUGUCUGGAGUCUAUCAACGAACACGAGAGACCUUGCGAGGGAGAUUGGGUCGCCAUCUGGGGUGGGUCGUCCACCAGUGCGCUGUUCUUGUCCCAAAUUGCUAGCCUCGCAGGCUUAAAGGUCAUAUUGGUGGUGGAUGUGGCGAGACACGGAGCAAGACUGGCCAAAUCUGGCUGUGUUCUCGUUGACUGCCACGAUCCCACUAGGGCUGUCGUAACCAUCCGUGGCAUCACCCAGGGAAGCCUCCGAUUCGGAAUCGAUACCGUAGGCAAGGAAACUGCAGCACAACUCGCCCAAUGCCUAGAAACAAGCACGGAAAAGAGAGCCCAUCUGGUUGCUUUGGCGGCGCUACCCAAAGCAGAGGUGCCAGGCGUUGUUUACCACUCUGUGCCUAUGAAGAUCUUCCACGAGGUGCCUGAAAUUGGGAGAUGUCUGAUGCUCUGGCUGGGGAUCGCUUUGGAAAAGAAUUUACUAUCCCUUCCCACAGUUUCCACGAUUCCAGGGGGUUUGGGUGGAAUCAAUGCAGCCUUGGAUCAAAUGCGCCAGGGCAAAGUGUCGGGCAGACGCCUGGUCGUUCCUCUUUAA